GCCGGACGGACAGACGCGGCCGGGCUGCUCUGCGGAUCGGGCCGGGCCGGGCCGGGCCGGGCGGGCGCCGCGCGGUGAUUGGCUGCGCGGGCUCGUGCCGGCGGUUGCUAGGCUGCGCGCCGCCCCUCCCCCAGGUUUUGGAAUUACCUGUGUUGAGACCUUCCUGUAGGACUGAUUUGCAAAGAAUCAUCAAGUAACAUCUGGAUUGUGACAGGAAAAGGAUUCAAGUGUAAUCAGGUUCCUGCGACUUCCAGGAUGAAGUUACUGUGAAGGGCUUGAGGAUCCCACACAGCCUCCGCGUGACUUGCAGGGCCCCCUGUUGCUUCCUUUCUGAGUGGAAUUCAAUAAUUGAAGUUUUCAGUAAGGAUGACUGUUGGAUUUUUACUGCUGCCCCCUCUGCUGGGGAGGACUUUGCUUACAGCAUUACUGAUGGCUGCCUAUGUUCAAUGCCAUUGGCCCAGUGAGCCCUCAGAAGUACAGGACUGGGAAAACCAGUUAGAGGCCUCUAUGCAUUCUGUGCUAUCAGAUCUCCGAGAGACUAUCCCAGCAGUGGUGGGGAUUCCAGACAGCUCUGCUGUGGUAGGCCGCUUCUUCAGAGCCACCAUCCCAACAGAUUUAAUUGCUUCCAAUGGAGAAAUGGUUCAGAUUUCUGAAGCUGGGAAAGACUCCUUGCCUUCUUGGUUGCAUUGGGAAGCAGACAGUAGCACCUUGGAAGGUCUCCCCCUUGAUACUGACAAAGGUGUUCAUUAUAUCUCAGUGAAUGCAAUGCAGCUUGUACCCAAUGGAAGUUAUGUGCCCCAAAAUGCAAAUGUCUUUUCCAUUGAGGUUCAUCCUGAAGACCACAAUGAGCCCCAGUCAGUGCGAGUAGCUUCCCAAGACUUGAAUGAGGGAAUACCGUUUGUAUGUGGUGCAGAGGAGCCAGUAACUAUCCUGACUGUAAUUUUGGAUGCUGACUUAACAAAAAUGACACCAAAGCAGAGGAUUGAACUUCUAAACCGAAUGAGAAGCUUCUCAGAGGUGGAACUUCACCACAUGAAGUUGGUUCCUGUUGUAAAUAAUAGACUCUUUGAUAUGUCAGCUUUCAUGGCCGGUCCAGGAAAUGCAAAGAAGGUGGUGGAAAAUGGGGCCUUACUUUCCUGGAAAUUAGGAUGCUCUUUGAGCCAAAAUAGUGUCCCUAACAUCAGCAGUGUUGAAGCUCCAGCUAAGGAAGGGACAAUGUCUGCCCAUCUUGGCUACCCUGUUGUCGGCUGGCACAUCGCUAACAAGAAACCUCAUCUCCCCAAAAGGAUAAGGCGGCAGAUCAAUGCUACUCCUACACCUGUCACUGCCAUUGGCCCACCCACCACUGCCAUCCAGGAACCACCAACCAGAAUCAUUCCCACCCCCACAUCCCCAGCCAUUGCACCUCCCACAGAAACAACAGCUCCUCCAGUCAGAGAACCUGUACCAUUGCCAAGGAAACCUACAGUUACAAUUAGAACAAGAGGACCUAUUGUUCAGACACCAACUCUAGCACCAACUCAGCCAACCAGAUUAAUAGAAACUACCACUGCAGUCACUGGGCAGAUUCGUCCAACAAUGACCAGUUAUGUAGAGCCUACUGCUGUGGUUACACCUCCUACAACCACCAAGAGACCAAGAGUCACCACCCUGAAACCAGCCACCCCUUCAACCACAGAUUCCUCUACAGCAACAACACGAAGGCCUACACGAAGACCCAAAACUCCACGACCUACCAAGCCUUCUGGCACAACCAGAACACCAAUAACUAAGCUGGAAACCUCCUCCCCACCAACCCGUGUACGCACCACUACUAGUGGGAUUCCCCAUGUGUGGGAACCAAAUGAGCCACCAAAGCUGACAAACCACAUUGAUAGGGUGGAUGCAUGGGAAGGCACUUACUUUGAGGUCAAAAUACCUUCUGAUACUUUCUAUGAUAAAGAAGAUACCACUACAGAUAAACUACAAUUGACUCUGAAACUGAAGGAGCAGCAAAUGAUUGAAGAAAACUCUUGGGUCCAAUUCAAUAGCACUAGUCAGCUGAUGUAUGGUCUGCCUGAUCACAGCCACAUAGGGAAGCAUGAGUAUUUUAUGUAUGCCACAGACAAAGGUGGCCUCUCUGCUGUGGAUGCUUUUGAAAUACAUGUCCACAAAAAGCCGCAUGGGGAAAAGUCUCCAGUUAAAUUUAAAGCCAGAUUCCAUGGAGACCACAAUACAGUAGCCAAUGACAUCAGUAAGAAGAUACUAUUGGUAAAGAAGCUGGCUUUUGCAUUUGGAGACAGGAAUAGCAGCACCAUUACUUUACAGAACAUCACCAAAGGCUCUAUCUUAGUGGAAUGGACAAACAACACUUUGCCCCUAGAGCCAUGUCCAAAGGAGCAGAUCAAGGCCAUGAGCAAAAAAAUCGCUGAUGAAUCUGGUAGUCCUAGCCCAGCCUUCUCAAAUGCCUUAGACCCAGAGUUCAAGCCUAUAAACAUUUCUGUGGUUGGCUCAGGCAGUUGUAAGUCCUUUCAGUUUAUUCCAGUGACUGGCGAUGGAAGGAUUAUCUCUGAGGCAACACCAACUUUGGCAGCAGGGAAGGACCCUGAAAAGAGCAGUGAGGAUGAUGUGUACUUACACACAGUCAUCCCUGCAGUUGUGGUAGCUGCUAUCCUGCUUAUUGCUGGAAUCAUUGCUAUGAUUUGUUAUCGCAAGAAGAGAAAAGGUAAGCUAACCAUUGAAGACCAAGCUACCUUCAUCAAGAAAGGAGUGCCAAUCAUCUUUGCUGACGAGCUGGAUGACUCCAAGCCACCCCCUUCUUCCAGCAUGCCCCUGAUUCUUCAAGAGGAGAAAGCUCCGCUUCCUCCUCCAGAGUACCCUAACCAGAGUAUGCCAGAGACCACACCACUGAAUCAGGACACCAUAGGAGAAUAUACACCACUGCGGGAUGAAGACCCCAACGCUCCUCCCUAUCAGCCCCCCCCGCCAUUCACAGCACCCAUGGAAGGUAAAGGCUCUCGCCCGAAGAACAUGACCCCUUACAGGUCUCCACCUCCAUAUGUUCCCCCUUAAUGAGCAGCAGACUCUGUGCGGAGAAGGGGCCUCUAGUUCCACACCCGUGCUGUCUGUGGGGAUGGAUGGCCUGUAGAUCCAUUGCCAGCCAGAAACCAACACUCAGAAUCCCAGAUCCAGCCAGCUCCUGAGCAGCCCCCCUCCAGAUACCUUCACUACACCUGAGUGCUUGUGGAACUUUGAGGACACUUGUUUUAUUUUUGCCUAACAGCUUUUAUUUUAUUUUAUUCAUAGAAAAAUUUCUUCUUGGCUCAAAGGUAUUUCUGACAGCAGGCUUCUCAAAGCAUACGCGGACUUGAGCAAAGGGGCAUGGAUGGAUGGACGAACAUGCAGGCAGCACUGGGGGUGGCACUCUGGGUCUCUGCUGUUUGCCUUUAACACUAACUGUACUGUUUUUUCUAUUCACGUGUGUCUAGCUACAGGACAUAACAUGAAAGGUAGCCUACAAGUAAUUAAAUUCAAGGGACUUUCUGAACUCCGUUAAGUUUUUACAUUUAAUCUGCUGUUUACCUAAACUUGUAUGUAUAGUUUUGGGGACAGGGGAGGGGUAGGGCUUUGCUAAAAAUAAGCUCCAGGAGUGUUUCAAAUCCAGUUAAAGAAUGGAUCUAGGGAUAGUGGGUUUUUUUUAUCAAGGAAAUCCUAUUUUUACAUGUAUUAUAAAGUACAGUCAUUAGUUUAGUCAAACUAACUUUGGGCAUCUCUGUGAAGCAGAGAGAAAGUACCCUGCACAUUAGGGUGCUGUUGAUGGCCUGCUUGUAUCCACCUUGCCAUGGUACUAGAAAACAGAGCUUGGAGAUGAAUAGCUCAGCUUAGCUUGGAAAAGAACUAAUUUGUUAACAAAGAGCAAAGCUCAGUCAUGCUCAGAGGGGUGGCUGCAGCAACAGUGCUUCAUCUUCACUGUGGGGGCAUGUAGUGGUGUCUGCAAACCAUCAGAAGUGGGGUCUGGCAGGAACAGGAGAAGGUUUUUCAUUGCAUUGACUUCUCCAUUUAAACAGCAAGCACUGGUUUUUGAAACACUCCAUGAGGUAUUUUAGUGAAGAUGCAAUAUUUUUAUGUAGUGUGAUGCUAUAUCCUCAUUUUAAGACUCCUCCCUGAGCAUAGUAUUGGAACAGCCUCUCUCCUCCAUCCCCUCUGGCUCUUCCAACCACCUAUGCUGUGCGCCCCCACCAGUCUCUUCUGCGCACAUGGACGCCAGCAUAGCUGUCAGGUGGUUGGAAAGAAAAAGCGCCAGAAUAGUUCAUAGUACAAAUCAGUGAAUUCUCAAAUCUAAUUUUUUACUAAAUUUUUGAUACAGCCUCAAAUUGUUUUAUUAAAAAAUAAUUAAAAAUGGUAACGCUGACAGCAGUUUGUAUGAGCUCAGCUUCUUAGUAUCACUGCAAUGGGACUGACUGCUUUGCUCACUUUAAGUUCUGUCUCUCAUAGUCAUUGUUAAGUAUUAGAGACGUCUAGGUUUCUUGCCUUUUUAAAAUGAACUUCCACCUGUUUCUCCUGCAAGAUUGGAGUUGCCCCAUAGGCUGCUCCUUUGUUUUUUUCCUUUGGACUAAAUCAUUUUAAGCAUGGAUUUUUCUUGACCGUUUGAGAACUAUUUUUGGUACAUUUAGAGGGAGGAAAAAACCCUUUGCAAUAAUGUGUCCCUGCCCUGGCCAGGGCUAGGGCUGGGCAGACUCUGGCUGACUUUGCACACCAAGCAGACACUUUAAGCCAUAUUGACUGUUUUGCAAAGUAUGUUUGUGUGCUGACAUGGCCUGUUACACACUAAUGGAUGAAUGGUUAAAAUGACCUUCAGCUCCUACUUGCUAGGGUGGCUUUUACCAUCAAGCCUUUUCUCUGCUUAGAGAUCUUGUCAGUUAAAACAAACACCAUGUCUAAUUUUGUUAGGCCCUCCUUGGCUCCACAGUCUGUUUGCUUCUGCACCUCCAGGUAGAGUGGAGGGUCAGCAAUUGGUGGCAGUGCCCAUUUGAUACAACCUCAGGCAAGUUUUUACUCUUUCUGGCUUUACAGGCAUGCAGUUGCAAAAUGCCACACAGUACAAAUGCCACUCUUCCUUUCCUCCCUCUGUGCAGGAGUGCUAGAGUGGCCAACCUGCGGCAUGUGCGCCACAAGUGGCACAGGCAGCCUUUGCAUGUGGCGCACAUGAUCAGGAAAGGGACAGGCAGCUCAGUAGCAGAUUAGAACAGGGAGCAGAAAGAAGGACAGGCAGGGAGCACAGGGCAGGGAGCAGAAAGCAGAGCAGCAAGUCAAGCAGGGGAAGGAAAUUGGCAUGGCACUUGAGGAGGGUUUGGGCCUAAUUUGUGGCAUGCCUGCCAAAAGGGUUAGCACCCACUGAGCUAGAGCAUUGGCUUGUAUUUGAGUUGUGCAAGCUUCCCAGGAGAGGUCCAAGGGUCAUCUUGUCCUGCUGAUCUCUGGGGAAGGGGUGGUAGAUUGUCAUGCCCUGCUCUGUCACCCAGAAUGCUCCGAUUGUUUUGUGCUGAGACUAGAGAUGUGUCUAUGAGAGGGUUACCCCCUUCUCCCCCCCAGUCAGUUGUGCCAGAAGUAGCUGUGUUGAGGUCUGAGCUGACAGGGUUGCAUCUCAGAUGCCUAUCCAGCAGACCUGAAGCUAUCUACACACAAAAACCUCGUAAGCCUGAAUGCUGCAAUUUGGAAAGGCCUUCCAAACAGUGCUGUUGUCCCUAGCAACUGCAACCACUCCAGACUGGCCAUGCGCAAGCGCAAACCCUGUCAGGCCUGGGCCUACCUGUCACCAUAGAAACUGGAGGCGAAGGGGCAGUGAACAGAAUAAUAAUAAUAAUGGCAUUCUCAUCGGCCGCCUUCCCCUUAGCGCCAGUGCUGUUUAUUUAUGCCACUAGACACUGUAAUGUUGAGAGAAUCUUGUAUUAAAAAGUGUUCACCAACCACUGAUGUGUUUUUAUUUCCUUAUAUCAUUUUAAAGAUGUGUUUUCUGCAUUCUGUAAAGAAAGAUAUCAACUAAAUAAACCAGUGUACUUUACUACAAA